AUAAGAAAACCCUAAACUGGGGUUUGGUAAAUCUUCGAUUCAUUAGAGAGUUUCAAAGUUUCCAUUUAUGGAAAAUGAUUUAGAGAAAAUGAAAAGAAGAACAAUUGAUGUGAAGUUGGCAAAAGUAAAUGUGUGACCUUUGUUUUUGUUAAUAAGAGAGGCGGCGAUUAGGGUUUUGGGAGUGAGCAAGCAAAUUGGAUAAAUCAAGAGUCCGAUCUCUCUCGAUCAUCUAUGGGAGUUGCGAGUUCUGUGGGCAUGACCUUUAGCGACGGGGUUCCGUUGGCACGAGAUGGGGACGAAUCGAGAAUCCUAAUUGAAGAUUUGAAAGAAACAGAGGAAGGAGAAGAGAGUGGAGAGUGAGUUAUGCGAAUACAUAAAGGGAGGUGAGUGCAAGGAAUCAUUCAUAGCAUUGGAGAAAUGCGCGGAUGAAGAAAAGAAGAACGAAGAAGAAAGUGACGUCACGAAAUGCAAGGAGGUCAGAGCCAAGUUCAAGACUUGUAUGUAUGAAAACUCUGUUUACUACGAGCCCAUUCUUGCUGGGGAGGCUAGAGAGAUUGCCAAGAUGUUAAUGGAGUUGCAAGCCGAAAAGGAGGCCAUUCUUGCCGUCGAGGCUGCAGCCAUUGCUAAAGCGUUAAGCAAGUUGCCAACAGAGGAGGCGGAGUUGGGGAAAGCAGAGAGUAAGGAGUGAUCAUCAUCCCAAAAGGAACCAAAACCUAUCGAGUUACAUGAUGACCGAUGAUGUAUCCAUAGUAUCAUUGUUUCUAAUCCUAGCAU